AACAAAACUAAAGACAGGAAUGUAUAAAAUUUGGAAAAUAUUUAUGUUAUCGUUGACGAAAGUAUGAUAAUGUGUCUGAGAUUCGAGCAUUUUAUAAAAACUGAGAGCAAAAUUAAUAUUUAAUUCUAUGUGCAAACACAAUACUUACAAAAUCCUAAAUCGCCGCUCGAGCGUUAAUAGUGAGCAACAGUGCAACACAGCUCUCUUGUCUAGCGAGCAGGUUUGAUGACAUUUCAUCUAUUGAUGGUUACUGCUGAAAGAUAGUCACCAUGGAUGCUGUGAUAAAAAAUAAAAUGAGUAGCGUAUAUAUCAGUUGGAAGUGACACUCUAUCGGUGGUCAGUUGAAUAUUUGUGAGCCUGAAGUGUAUGUUUUGUAGUAUCUAAAUGCAAUGGCAAUCAAAACAAUGAUCAAAUGGCCAAAAAAGAUUUCCAGAUCAUUAGUAGAGCAGCUUAUUCGAGCUGAAAAAGAUCCACAAAAAGCUCUUGUCAUAUUUGAUGCAGCUGCAGCCGAGUAUGCUAAUGGUUACAAACAUGAUCACAACACCUUUGGUCUCAUGAUCUCAAGAUUACUUUCUGCAAACCAAUUUAGGCCAGCAGAGGAUCUUCUAAACAGAAUGAAGGAUGAGAAGUGUAAAAUUACUGAGGACACUUUCCUCUCUAUUUGUAGAGCUUACGGGCGGGUUCACAAGCCUGGUGAAGUAAUCAGGAUAUUUCAAAAGAUGAAAGAAUACGACUGUGAGGUCACUCCAAAAUCUUAUGUUACUGUUUUUUCGAUCCUUGUUGAUGAAAACCAGUUAAAAGUGGCUUUGAAGUUUUACAAAUAUAUGAGACAAAUGGGUAUUCCACCAAGUGUUGUCUCUCUCAAUGUUUUGAUUAAAGCGUUAUGCAAGAAUAGUGGAACGAUGGAUGCAGCUCUACAAAUUUUCCAUGAGAUGCCCAGUCAUGGGUGUUCUCCGGAUUCUUACACAUACGGUACAUUGAUUAAUGGGUUCUGUAGGUUGAAGAGGAUUAGUGAAGCCAAAGAGCUUUUCGCAGAGAUGGGUAUAAAAGGUUGCUUACCCAGUGUUGUUACAUACACAAGUUUGAUACAUGGAUUAUGCCUUUCAAAUGAUUUAGAUGAAGCCAUGGAUUUAUUUGAAGAGAUGAAAGAAAAAGGUAUUGUUGCCAAUCUGUAUACAUACAGUUCUCUUAUGGAUGGGCUCUGCAAGGGUGGGCGUUGUUCUCAAGCCAUGGAAUUAUUAGACAUCAUGACCACUGAGCAUCUUCAGCCAAAUACGGUGACUUACAGUAGCUUAAUUAAUGGGCUCUGUAAAGAAGAAAGGAUUAGCGAAGCUGUGGAGUUGUUUGAUAGGAUGAAGUUGAGGGGUUUAAACCCUGAUGCAGUCUUAUAUGGGAAAAUUAUCACUGGUUUUUGUGAUGCCCAAAAGUUUCAUGAAGCUGCAAAUUUCCUUGAUGAGAUGGUAUUUGGACGUAUCUCACCAAAUAGAUUGACUUGGAGCCUUCAUGUUAGAAUCAAUAAUACAGUUGUCCGAGGACUUUGCAAGACCGAAGCUAACCGAGCUUUUCAGUUGUAUCUUAGCAUGCGAACCCGGGGAAUAUCUGUUGAGGCUGAGACUUUUGAUUUACUUCUUAAUUGCUUUUGUAAGAAAGGAGAUCUACACAAAGCUGCUCGUAUUGUGGAAGAAAUGGUGCUUGAUGGAUGUAUUCCUAGUGAGACAACUUGGAGCACCAUUUUGAGAGGAUUUUCGGACAGAAAGAAAGUGUGGGAAACUGCUGAGUUGGAACUGGUUGAGUUGGUUGACAAAUUUACCGAGUCUCAUUAGCUGAAGUAUAAGAAUUUUAAAAUAAGGUUUCCUGUUUCAUUUAAGACCCUUCAAGGAGUGCCAUGUCUUUUGGGUGUCACUGUACAUGUGUUGUGUAUUUUGCUUUUCAAACUUUUCCUUCACUUGCCUGCCAAGUAGGGCUGCUCAUGGGUUGUCCAACCCGCUCAAACCAACCCAACCCAACCUUGAACUAGGCCGACUAACCCGACCCAUUCCAAACCGUGGGUUAAUCGGGUUGAUUUUUGGUUGAGCCGUUUAUAAUGGGUUGGGUCGAAAUAUGACUUUUAAAAACCUUAAACCAACCCAACCCGGUCAAAAUAUAUCUUUAACACUCUGAUACUCCCUCCGUUUCUUUAUUCUUUUCUCAUUUGAUAUGUCGGGACUGUUCAUAACAUGAGACUAAUUACUAAUUUACAUUUAAUGUAUAAGACUAAAUAUAGUCGUGAGUGAUCUUGUUGGAUUCGUAUUCACGAGUACUUUAAUACAAUGAAGUUUUUAUAUUUAAUACUCAUACAAAAUUAAUGAUAUUAAGAAUCAAAAGUGUGUAUUGGCAAACAUGCUAGAGAGAAACAGAAAAAGUAAUAAGAGACAGAGGGAGUAGAAUAUUUUUGGUUGCUCACGGAACUAUAUUUACUUAUUUGAUGAUAGAAUGUGCAGUGAGUGUAGUGCAGUGUGCAGAAACAAUUAGAAAUAAAGCUUUAUAGUUCAAAUCAAACGACUCACAUUGCUAGUUCUUAUGAUUAUAUAUCAUGGCGGAAACAUGAUUUUUAAUAGUUAGUAGUGUAUUAAGAUUCAGUUGUCCACCUUAGUAUGAAGAGAAUAUCUGCACUCUAAAAGCACCUGAUAUUUUGUAUCCGUGCAAUGUCCUAUGUUAUUGCUAAUUGUAUACAACAAAAUGGUGCAAAACAUAUUUUGGAUUAUGCUUAUCUUGCAAAUUUUUCAACCCGAUCAACCCUACCCUAACCAACCCAACCCGUCAUACAAUUAGUAGGGUUGGGUUUCUAAUUCUUUUUAUGAUUAAUGGGUUAAAUUUUUCUAACCCGUACUAAAUGGGUUGGGUUGCUUGAAUGGCCGAAACCGACCCAACCCAGCCCAUGUGCAGCCCUACUGCCAAGUGUUUUAAUCACAUAAUUCGUGCAACCAUUUAUAUUUUUUGAUAGAACUUAGCCUGACCCUCAUUUUAAUACCUCCGUGCCUCUGUACUUUAUACACUGUAAAAAGUGAUUUACAAAGCACGAAUUACCAUAUUUUAUGAUUUUGAAUUUUUGAUAAUGCUAAUCUUGCAGCAGAAGAUCUUAGUACUGCUUUCUUAAUUGACUAAAGUAAGGAAAAAGCCCAAAUACCAAAGCUCUGCUUCGCAGUUAGUUACAAGAUUGGAGUUGGAGAUAAGGAAAAGCUUUAACCAGAGAUGCUAUGCCGCCCCAGCUGAUAGUGUUGGAUAGAAGCAGUUCACCAUCUUUUGAUCAAACAGUGCAAAAGCUGCAAAAAUCAGAAUUAUCAGAAGGCAUGCAUGAAAUUGAUGAUUUCAGAGAUAUUUAGCUGCUAGCUCAGGUGGUAGAGUUAUGGACCCAUCGAAGACCCGGAGACCGUAUAUUGUUGCAAAAUUAUAACAAGGGGAAAAUCAAAUUACAAGUCCCUAAACUAUUGACGUUUUAUUUUCAAGGUCCCUGAACUAAAGAUUCUGUAUUUCAGGUCACUUAACUUUUCCGUUUUCUGAUCUAAGUCCUUCCGUCAAAAAGAUUCUAACGGUGUUAACUAGGGUUCUUGAGAUUCAUACAAAUCAAAACAAUUUUGAAGGUGUUAGUGAUAUCCAAAUUCAAAGUUCAAGUAGUCGAAUUGAAGCUUGAGUCGCUAGCGACACUCAUGUGACACCAAUUUUCACAAACUAUGUUCAAUUCAAAAUUUUAUAAAUUUAGGUCUCUAAAUUCGAUAAAGAACCCUAAAUUUAUGGUCCAAUUUGGGUUUUUUUAAAUUAAAUCUAAUUUGUGAAAAUUGUUGACAUAUGAGUGUAGCUAGUAAUUCAAGCUUCAAUUUGACUACUUGAACUUUGAGUUUGAAUAUCACUAACACCUUCAAAAUUGCUUUGAUCCGUAUGAAACUUAAGAACCCUACUUAACACUGUUAGAAUCUUUUUGACGGAAGGACUUAGAUCAGAAAACGAAAAAGUUAAGUGACCUCAAAUAUGGAAUCUUUAGUUCAGGGACCUAGACAAUAAAACGUCAAUAGUUCAUGGACCUAUAAUUUAAUUUGCCCUUAUAACAAGUGUUACCCGUUUGAUCCCUAAAGCUAUGAAACAAUGGACUUCCCAGCUGAGUCAGUCACCUUGGUUUGUGGAAAUGGGGGGUAUCAGUUGGAAACAAGAACAGAACCAGUACGUAGAAAUUGGCUGAUUGAGCUGUGCUUUGAAACAUUUGAAGCUUCCUGUAUCAUAGAUCUUUUUAAUGUUUUCUGUAACAGGAGAGUAACAUCUUUGUCGCAAUGAUAUUGAGAUAUGCGUACAUUCCCAGAGUUCAAACACAACUCGUUGACACCCGCCGAAGAAACCCUAACAAUGGAGUGGAAAGAAAUUAAUAUUGAAAUCGGAGAAGCUUGAGAUCGGUUAGAUUCUAUUAAAGACGAUGGAGUUAUUCAUUUGUAUUCUACAGGACCUAAUUCUCACGGAGGUCGAUUAUCCUAAUUAUCAACAACUUUUCAACCUAUCUAUAUUCGAAACCAGAAUUUGCUGCCCAUCUUCGACCUCAGGCAAUUGAUUCAAGAACUCGUAUGGUGUUCAAAUUGCUGAAUCAUGCUAUAUAUGAUGACUUAAAUAGCCGCAUUUAUACUGGGAAACAAGCCAGUGUUUAUCACACCACGAAACACGAUGGUCAAGAAUUUGCAGUUAAAGUAUUCAAGGAUAGGGAUCGUAAUACACAAGGGCAUUAUCAUUCCAGGCUUGGGAACUUUAAGAGCAAUUCCAGGAAAAUAGUUAAGACUUGGGCAGAAAAUGAAAUGAGGAGAGUAACAUCUUUGUCGCAAUGAUAUUGAGAUAUGCGUACAUUCCCAGAGUUCAAACACAACUCGUUGACACCCGCCGAAGAAACCCUAACAAUGGAGUGGAAAGAAAUUAAUAUUGAAAUCGGAGAAGCUUGAGAUCGGUUAGAUUCUAUUAAAGACGAUGGAGUUAUUCAUUUGUAUUCUACAGGACCUAAUUCUCACGGAGGUCGAUUAUCCUAAUUAUCAACAACUUUUCAACCUAUCUAUAUUCGAAACCAGAAUUUGCUGCCCAUCUUCGACCUCAGGCAAUUGAUUCAAGAACUCGUAUGGUGUUCAAAUUGCUGAAUCAUGCUAUAUAUGAUGACUUAAAUAGCCGCAUUUAUACUGGGAAACAAGCCAGUGUUUAUCACACCACGAAACACGAUGGUCAAGAAUUUGCAGUUAAAGUAUUCAAGGAUAGGGAUCGUAAUACACAAGGGCAUUAUCAUUCCAGGCUUGGGAACUUUAAGAGCAAUUCCAGGAAAAUAGUUAAGACUUGGGCAGAAAAUGAAAUGAGGCUAAAGGCUGCAGGGAUCAGGUGCCCAACUCCAAUAGUUUUGACUUUUGAGGCUUCAUGUCGUAGUCAUGGAAUUCAUAGGAAAAUUAGGGUCGCCUGCUCCUUGUCUUAAGGAUGCAAAUCUUUCUGAAGACAAGAUGCGGGAAUGUUAUAUACAGGUGUCUCCACAUCUCUUAAAAUUGUAGAAACAAUUUUGUUCAACAGUAAAUGACAAACCCAAGUGUAGUGAACAGAACCCAGAACAGGCGGAAAUGAGGUGGGGGGUGAUGAUGAUUCUAGUGAUUCAGGAGUAAAUCCUUACGAUACUAUGAAGGUACACAGAAAACACUCCCUGCAGACAAAAAAGCAGAGAGAAAAGAGAACAAGAAGAAAGUGAAAGAAGAGAAAAGAGAGGCUCGCAAAACUAAGACUGCGAAGUAUGUCAAGAAAAAGAAGAAUAGUGUAAAAAAAACAUCAAAACCAUGUGAUACCAUUAGGAGCUUCCUCUAUAUAAUAAGAUAGCGUAGACUCGGCUUGGAUGUUUGAUUCUGGUGAAACUCUUUUGCUUUGAAUGAGUGCAUAAUCUCCGCAAGUUCAGAAGUAAUGAAAUUGAUCCAAAUAUAUUGAAAUUUAAUUUGUUUCCGAGGAUAUACCGUAAUUUGCAUGAUCUAAAGCUGCUGCAGAAAACAAAAAAGUGUUGGAUUGAUCCGUAUACAGGAAGUGAACUUCCAGAACUGCUUUGCAUGAAUAUAUGUUAUCAAAUGUAGGAAGCAGAAACAGGAUUAUUGAAAAUUUUAAAAUGUACACUAUUUUUUCUGGUAGUAGCAAUUUGUGACAUAGGAAUAUGGUCAUUUGCAAGAGUGAAUUUUUUAGGUUUCAAUUCUUUUAUGGUGAAUCCUUGUAAGAAGAUAGUGUUUGCAAGUAAAUGGCAUUAUUUUUCUAA